CUCUCUUCCGAGAUCUCUGUCGUAGCCUUGGUACAUCACAGCACUUUUCGAUAUGAGUAUCAUCAACGAUGAAGACGACGCCGAAAGACAGGUAUUUAUUCCCAGGGCUGCGGAAGAAAAGACGGCAUCGGAAUCUAUUACUGGUCUACAAGGAGCACUAUCAAAGGCGAAGCGUCAUCUGCGGUUAGCCCUCGAAAUUUGUAUGGCUUUUGCUAUAGUCAUGUUAUCUAUUCGAUCUAUAUAUGACAAAGAAACGACCAGCAAGUCUCCAGUACCUGAUUUUCCGCUGAAGACGUACACCUUUACCGAGAACCCGAAAUACUUAAACGAGAGUAUGUUUAGCACGAGAGAUGCAACUCUGAGGACACUGCACAAUUGGAUCGAGUUGAGCGCAGCUGGCAGGGGAUAUGUUAAAAUUGAUAUCCCUGACGCUUCUGGUUUAAGUGAGCCAUACACCAUUGACACUCACUCAGGCACCGAGCCAGUAUACAUGAUGUCUGUGUUUCAUCAGUUACAUUGCCUGUCAUACCUCGUGCAGGCAUAUCAAUCCGCCUUCGACGGAGCAGAAUUAACUCAAGAACUAGCUCACCAUUCAUCCCAUUGCUUCGACUACCUUCGACAGUCAAUAAUGUGUGCUGCAGAUACCACGCUCGAAGGGAAAACAGAAUCCGGACCGGGUUGGGGCUCAAAACAUGAAUGUCCGGAUUACGAUGCAUUGCUGACUUGGGCGAAUGAGCAUACUGUCAUGCCAUGGAGAGCAAACACAGUCGACACGGCGAUACUUUGA